AUGGUAACAAGAUGCUAUGUGAGAGCAUUCAAAGGUUUCAUUUUUUCCCUCUUUGGAGUUAUAUGUAGAAGUGUAUCCCUAAGCAAUCAGGUUGUGAAUGUUACUUCCAAUCCUUCUCCUACGCCUAUAUUUAUUUUAACUCAAGAAACUCAAAAUCUCUUUAUUCCUUCCCCAUCUUCUACUCCUUCCGAAUCCCCUCAAACUCAAAUCCUAAAUGAUGCGACUGUUAAUUUAGGAGAAACUUUUGAGUUGGUACCAUGGGAUGAUGGUAAUGAGCUUGUUGAUGAUCCUUCUGAGGAUGAUGUGGAUGUGGAUGAGGAUGCCCUAGCUAAUGACAUGACCCUAGAUGGGAAGUUUGAAAAGGAUAUGAUAUUUGAUAGUAAGAAAGCUUUGUUGGAAGCUGUUAGAGUCUAUCAUAUUCGUAGGAAUGUAGAGUAUAGAACAGAGACUUCUAAUCAAACUUCUUCAUCAUUGAAGUGUAAAAGGGGAUGUUCUUGGAAACUAAGGGCUAGACUAAAUCCUUAUUCAACCUCAUGGUUUAUUUCAAAGUACAAUGGAAAACAUGGGAAUUUUGUGUUGGAUAGUAACACUGUGUCAGCUGGACAUAUUCACUUGACGUCCUCUGUAUUUAACAAUGUAAUUAGGAAUUGUGUUUCCAAAGACCCUUCGAUUAAGGUGUCUGUCGUUCGACAAAUAGUGAAAGAUCGAUUUGGGAUAGAGGUCACUUACAAGCUAGCAUGGUGUGCUAAGCAACAAGCCCUAUUGUCCAUUUAUGGUACACGGGAGGAUUCAUAUUCUCUUCUUCCACGCUUUUUGAAAGCGUUGCAACAAUCAAACCCGGGCACCGUAGUUGAGUGGUUCUUUAAGGAAGACAAUGACACGGGUGUGUAUGAUGGUGAUAAGGGUAUCUUUCCACUUGCAUUUUCCUUGGUUGAGAAGGAAUGCAUAGCUGCAUGGUCUUGGUUUAUAGUGUGUAUUUGUAAGCAUCUAACACAGAAGAUGGGAUUGUGUAUUGUCUCUGAUAGACAUGUGGGGAUUUUAGUGACCAUGGAGGAGACAUAA